AAAAAAUGUCAGAGCUCACAGUUGUUGAGGGAGCAGAGAAAUUGCUUGGAAAUGGAGACCACGAGUUUAGCUUUCCGGGGAAACUGCCGGGCUCACACAAUCACACUCCUCUGGCAGCGAAGAAGGUUGCCGACCUAAACGGCAUGAUUGUCACAGACAAAUCCGAUUACAACCAUGCCAUUGGAAGUGAAGAUAAGAAAAGUGAUCAUUCAGAAACAGCGUCAGAAACAUCGAAUAAAGCGCCUAAAGCAACCGCCGGCGAAGUGACAAAGGAAAAGUGUGUUGAACCUUGCACCAGAACGGAAGCACUCGACUCGGUGGAGACGAAAGGCAUUGAGUAUAUUAGUUACGAGUCUGAGCACCAGAUGAAGGCUAUAAUGGCUCUGAUCACCAAAGACUUGUCUGAACCAUACUCAAUUUAUACUUAUCGCUACUUUAUUCACAACUGGCCCAAUCUGUGUUUCUUGGCUAUGUACAAGGACCAAUGUGUUGGGGCAAUUGUUUGCAAACUUGAUGUCCACAAGAGUAUGGUCCAUCGGGGAUACAUAGCGAUGCUUGCUGUUGAAAAGGAUUUCAGAAGGCAUAAAAUCGGGACAGCUUUAGUCAAAAAAGCCAUCAGAGCAAUGAUUGAAGACAACUGUGAUGAGGUUGUUCUGGAAACAGAGAUCACAAACAAAGCAGCCCUUCGACUCUAUGAAAAUCUUGGAUUUGUACGUGACAAGAGACUAUUCCGAUAUUAUCUUAAUGGGGUGGAUGCACUUAGGUUAAAACUCUGGCUUCGCUAGUGAACUACUCGUUGACACGUACUCAUACAAGCCUGCAGCUCUGUAGAAUGAAAAUCAGAAGCCCAAAGUUUGAAGUUUUUGUGUCUUGAAGCAAAUAGAUGCAAGUUUAGUCAUCAAAAAUCAUCUUCUUGACGUGGAAAGGUGAACUUGUUUUCAGUGAUUCUGAUGCAUAUUUUGACUAUCCCAGACUUAAAAGCAAUGUCAUUCAUUUAAUGUCAUUGUCUCAAAAAUGUUAAUCUAUUAAUAAGGCUCUGUAUUUCUUAAAUUGAGCUCUUAUACUCUAGGUCGGGAUCAGAGAAAAUUAUAUUGCAUGUUCAAGUUUUUUUUCCCCGCAUAUCACUUGCUUGACAUAGGUGAUAUGGAUUUGCAGCUUCAACAAAACAAUUUCCAUCUCAGCUCUGUUUCUUUACUUUCUAUCUUCUUUUUAAAAGAAAAUAAAAAAACCCAUCUUUUUUUCAAUUCUUGAUCUUCCUUUCUGUUUUUCAGCUAUGCAAUAAAGGCAUUUAAAAGUACUUUUUGGGUAAACUCAUCUUCCAAUUUGCACAGAUAAUAAGAUAUCUCACUCAAACGUUUUAGUUUUAACAUUUUAUUGUGAACUACUGUACAAAAAAAGACGGAGUACAAUAAAUUACCAUGAGAUUUGAUUAUUA